UUAAAGUUAGAAAAGAUGUAAAUACAAUAAAAACGGAUAUGGGGUUUGCGCCCAAUCUGCACACGUUGUCCUGAGACACAUCACAUCCGACUCUAGAAAGUACCCACGGUUUAACGUUAAGCUAACAUGCUAAUGCUAACUAGCUUUUAAAAAAAAAAGAAAAGCGGCGUCUAACGUUAUGUUAGCUAAAUACCAACAGACACGUCCCUACAAUUGAUUUUGUGUUUUUGAUCCGUUUUAACAUGACACUGUUGUAACUGUCACUCAACAAUAUAGCGGAAAGCAGCGUUGUUACAUCAGAGUGCAGCGCAGCUAACGUUAGCUGCCUUUAACGAUCAUCACGGAUACAGUCAAAGAACGUCAAGAUGUCCUUUUUGUUCGACUGGAUCUACAGGGGGUUGAGCAGUGUUUUACAGUUCUUAGGUCUGUACAAAAAGUCUGGGAAGCUGGUUUUCCUGGGCCUGGACAAUGCUGGUAAAACAACGCUCCUACACAUGUUGAAAGAUGACCGACUUGGUCAACAUGUGCCAACACUGCAUCCAACAUCUGAAGAGCUCUCGAUUGGUGGGAUGACAUUUACUACAUUUGACCUGGGGGGACAUGUACAAGCUCGAAGGGUGUGGAAGAACUACCUGCCGGCUGUGAAUGGAGUCGUCUUUCUUGUGGACUGUGCGGACCACGACAGACUCUCGGAAUCUAAGACCGAACUCGAUGCUCUCCUGGGAGACGAGACCAUAGUCAAUGUACCAGUGUUGGUGUUGGGUAAUAAAAUCGACCGCCCCGAGGCCAUCAGUGAAGGAGGGCUGAGAGGAGCUUUUGCUCUUGAUGGUCAAGUAACCGGAAAGGGAAACGUCUCUCUGAAGGAGCUGAACGUCCGGCCGCUGGAGAUCUUCAUGUGCAGCGUGUUGAAAAAGCAAGGCUACGGGGAAGGUUUCAGAUGGUUAUCGCAGUACAUCGACUGACAGGACUGAAGCGUAACCGGAAGGGAUUUUCUUGACACAUUUUCACGAGAGCGUGACAAAGACUCUUUGCCUCUUUGCCACUGUCAGUCAGCCCAAAUGUCCAAAUAUUCAGGAUUUAAAGGUUUCUAUAUGCAAACUUUUUAAGUGGUUCACGGUGAACUGCCCUACCGGUGUCGUUCGUGUGAGAAUUAGCUGGGUCGUCUAACUCCACGGCAUGUUAAUUAGGUUACAUCAUACCUAAUUACAAUACACAAGCAGACAUACAUUAUGCAAGAAUGAAGAUACGUAUACAUCAUUGUUGCAUUAUUUAAUAUGGAAUAGGCCAGCUGUUAGCCAUCACUUGCUUCCUAAUCUAGGAAGCAAGUGAUGAAAACCAAGAACUCUGUGGUGAUUGUGUUGCGUAGUUUAAUGCACGUUGAAUGCUGUACGAAGUUUAGAUUUUAAAGUAUAUAACUAAAUACAGAAGAUUAAUUUGAGUUAGUUUAAUCUAAUGAUACGCAGCCACUGCCUUCAGAGCACACAGCCAAAGACGUGUGCUAAUCACUUUGGGAUUAGCAGGCAGAGAGAUUGGACUUCAACAAAAGAUAUCUUCCAUGCGGAGCACUGAGCCAAAAUAACAUGAAAUCCCCUUUAGAAAACUAACAAGGAGAAGAGGCGGCACACCAAUAAAGGCAAUGAUGAGUAAACGAGUCACACUAAUCAGCUCACUGAUGAGUGCUGGGAAUAAUUUGCUUCUCACUUUCAGUGUCUCGAUGGAAUUGGCUUGUUUAUUUUUGCACUUUUUCGUAUAUAAAUAUAUAUAUAUAUAUAUAUAUAUAUAUAGAGAGAGAGAGAGAGAGAGAUAUAUAUAUCUAUAUAUAACUGAAAUAAAUCUUCAUUAUCUUUGACUUCGGGGUGUUUCGUACCGAAUUCAAGGAUGAAAUGUCCAUUCCCAACUGACAUGACGUCCAAUGGCUGCCAUUGCUUUAUUAUAUCACAAAGGCUCUAAUAGCUAAUUGCCCUUAAAAUGUCGGGAAGCAAUAAAAUAGAAUGACCAACUGUACUGUAGCAGAGACAAUCUUACGCCUCUGUAUUUAAGAGUAAGACAGAAUAUAUGUAGUUCUGAGCCUGAUCAUUGUACUCAUUAAUCCCAUUAUUUUUGUGUGUUAUUUAUUGUAAUGAAUCUAUAGCCUGAGCAAUCAGUGUGCAUGUAAUCAGCAUGUAGGCUGUGCAACAGGGUUGAAGUGUUGCAGGUUCUGCACUUUUUGACUAUUUGAAAAGAUAUGAGAGUGCACUUGCAAAUGUGAACAUGCUGACCUGUGAAUUAAUUAAUAUUCAAAUCUUAUUCUGGAUGGUUGAGUCCGUACAUGUAAACAUGCAUACCUUCUUUUUUUUUACAAUGACCUGUUAAAAUUUGUAUCCUCAUUACGAGAAGCUGGAAAUAGAGCCGAGUGAACAGAAACAUGUGAUCAUUGUAGCCCAUUUACUGUUUCCUGCGUCCCAUGUUUACAGAGUACCGUUAUGAAUAUUCUGCCCAUUAAAAUAUGCAGGGCUGUUUGUGACUGAGAUGAAAGAGAACAUAUGUAUGAAAAGGGAAUAUUGAGUGUUUACUGAGAUACAGAACACAUGUCAACAAACCGCUUUCCCUUUGAACAGUGUUCUCUGUAGCAGUCACCGAACUCCUGUAAAUGAUGUAUAGUACAGAUGUAAAUGUUUGUAAAGUUACUGCCUAUAAGCCGACACUAAUAAAGCA